ACGACAUCGUUUUACGACGUUGCUUUACGACACUGCACAAAGUUCCUCAUCGCUCUGGAUCAAGAUGGCCUCAUCGUUUUGGAAAGGUGUUGUCGGCGUCGGACUCUUUGCCUUAGCUCAUGCAGCUUUUUCAGCCGCACAGCAUCGAUCAUACAUGCGACUCACAGAGAAGGAAGAUGAGACACUACCAAUUGAUAUUGUAUUACAGACCUUAUUAUCGUUUGUGAUGACCUGUUACGGUAUUGUCAACAUUGCUGGAGAGUUCAAAGACAUGGAUGCCUCCUCAGAGCUCAAAAACAAAACAUUUGAUACACUGAGGAACCACCCAUCCUUUUACCUUUUCAACCACCGGGGUCGGGUGCUAUUCCGCACGCUGGAAGAGGAGCCGUCCUCCGCACGCAACCAAGCGCUCCCAAACCCCUUACGGCUACGCAAGCUGGAGAAUUUGCAUUGAGACUGGCCUUUCCUGCCUGUAACACCAACAACGUCAGUUAACAUUUGUUUUUGUUAGACAGAAGGGGGAGCCUGCCUUCCUCGACUUUAUUUUGUUUUUGUACAUAAACUAAUAUGCUGUCCAAACAUGCAUCUCUGUCCAUAAAAGUGGUCACCAACCAUACUCAACACUGACUGUGCCAACCCUUCAACUUUUCAAGCCGAUUUGUUUGUAUAUACAGUGUGUAAUCGCUUUGGAGUCUUAAGAUACGGAGACCUCUGCCCCUUUUUGUCCCUUCUGAACUCAAAUUGGGAUAUUGCUGUCCUUUGUAUAUCCUUUGUAUGAGGGGCAAAAAAAUGCCUGUUACUGUUUCAUUUCAACCGCACCAUCAGUCCUCAGCCACCAUCUGGGCCAGCAUUUUGUGAACUGAAAUGAGUUUUGUUGUAUGAACCGGAGCCUUUUAAUUCCCUUGAUGGUUUCCUGGAAGCAUAAAGGCUCAUCUUUACUUCCUGUUUGCAUUAAAGAGGUUCUGCUUUAUGCCACAGGAAAUCCACUCAAGGCGAGAUGUAAGAGCAGAAGAAAGCGUUAGGCAGCCGUUCCACUGAUACUGUGAACACUAAUGAGAACUAGAAAGUAUAGGUACAUUCAUUUUGGUGAAGUUUGUUUUUCCUUCAUUUUACAUUAAGAUUCAACAUAUGUUUUUAAUUUAAUAAAAGGCUUACUGAUUUUA